AUGUCGUCAUACUUUAUUAAAGUAAUCAGAUGUUUUCGUGAAUUUGAUCCUCUGCACUCUGAACCUAAACCAAAGAGAAUCAAGAAGAGUAAAGAUGGAUGUCCAUGUUCUAAAUGUGAGCAUACUGCUACUUCAGCACGUAAUUUGAAGAGACAUGUUAAAAGUAAACAUGAAGGAGUUAGAUAUCCGUGCCCCCAAUGUAAAUACGCGGCAACUACAGCAAGCCAUCUGAAGGCUCAUGUUGAAAGUAAACAUGAAGGAGUGAGAUAUCUCUGCCCUCAAUGUGAGUUUGUCGCAACUUCAGCAAGAAACCUGAAGAGACAUGUUAAAAAUAAACAUGAAGGAGUGAGAUACCCCUGCUCUCAAUGUGAGUUUGCUGCAACUUCAGCAAAAAACCUGAAGAUUCAUGUUGAAAAUAAACAUGAAGGAGUAAGAUAUCCGUGCCCCCAAUGUGACUAUGCUGCAACUAGAGCAGGAGUAAGAUAUCCUUGUUCUCAUUGUGAGUAUGCGGCAAUUAAAGCAAGUGAUCUGAAGAUUCAUGUUGAAAGUGAACAUAAAGGAAUAAGAUAUCCAUGUUCUCAAUGUGAGCAUACAGCUACUACAGCAAGUAGCCUGAAGAAACAUAUUGUAAGUAAACACGAAGGAGUGAGAUAUCCUUGCUCUCAAUGUAAAUACGUGGCAACUACAGCAAACAAUCUGAAGGCUCAUGUUAAAGAUAUCAGAACUCUGUUCAUUCAAUUAAUUUACUCUGGGGAUAUUGGAGCUGUCUUUAAUCAGUUAAUUUACUCUGGUGACAUUGGAGCUGUGUUCAAUCAAUCAAUCUACUCUGGAGAUAUUGGAGCUGAGUUCAAUCAAUCAAUCUACUCUGAAGAUAUUGGAGCUGUGUUCAUCAGUCAAUCUACUCGGGAGAUAUUGGAGCUGUGUUCAUCAGUCAAUCUACUCUGGAGAUAUUGGAGCUGUGUUCAUCAGUCAAUCUACUCUGGAGAUAUUGGAGCUGUGUUCAUCAGUCAAUCUACUCUGAUAGUUAAGAUGUCGUCCUUAUCAUGUUAA